CACACUCCCAGGCUGCGCUGAGGGAAAGCUUGCUCUCAAGAAGUGUAAGAAAACAGCGUGGUAUGGUUCCAGUGAACAUCGUGAUGUACCGUUCUUCGUUUCGCUAGCUAACGUUUUCACUGAUUCGGAGUCUUCCGCGAAUGCACGUUAAAUAUCAAGAUGGAGAAAAUUGCUGUCAAUAACCUGGUCGUGGUGCUGCGCGGGCUGCUCAAGACGGAGAGAGUCUUCCUGAUUAAGAAAAUGACAUCACAGAUAAGGAAGCUCCAAGAUUCUAAAGGCCCGGACGCCGAAAAAAGAAUUCAGAAGGCUGCACGUUGGAAAGACCAAGUAAAUUAUCUUAAGAAAGUUGAUCUGAUCACCGUUGCACGCCAAGCAUUAGCUGCUGAAGAGCCAUGGAAGAAUGUUCUUGUUCGGUCUGAUGCCACUCCAGAGCAACGUGCUUUGGCACGUCUGGCAGAUCGCCCGAAAGUGCAGAAGGUCAUUGAGGAGUUCAGGAGUGCUAAUGCUGAUUGGAAAGAUUGGCUGCCAAAAGUCUAUGAUGCCUGGGAGAAACGCAAGCAAAAGCGUUUCGAUGUUUCUGGUGAAUUGGAAACACAACCGGUGAAUCAAGCUGAAGAAAAGUGUGAGAACAGAAUUUUGCCUGAAGGCUGUAAAAAUACUGUCAAAAUGCCGAUAAAGAGCAAAUCGGUGUUCAAAGGCGCCAAGGUUAUCUCUUCAGGUGCCUCAAAGGCUGAGGUUAAAAAGACAGUCUUGCAAAAAGCUGGUGAGGAGACAGCCAAAGAAACAUCCAUCACGCAAUCUUCACGUGAUCCAGUUCAGAGUCCUGACAGAGUUCAGAAGCUUUUCAUGAAGAUGGCAGCAGAUGAGGAGCCUGACGAAGAAUCGCCACCAAGGAAGUUUGCAGCUGGUGACCCAUUCUUCUGGCCAGCCGAAAAAACUGGCAGUGACGAUGAAGAAAGCAAUACACAAAGUUCACCCUUCAAUUCCAGCAAGAAGCAAAGGUUCCCUCCUCCUCGGAGAAACUUCGGAGAGAUUGCUGGUAAACGCCAGCACAGAACAGGAUUCAGUCGUCCUUCUGCCAAAAGUGGGCCUCCACAGGCCUUCAGAAAAGCCCCUCCGUCAGCUAGCAACCAGCCCAGCUCAGACCUGCAUCCAUCCUGGGCAGCCAAGCGACAAGCCCAGAAGGCAGUGGUACCAUUUCAAGGGAAGAAAAUCACCUUUAGCUGAAACUAAAAUUAAAUUCAUUUUUGCAACAAGAAGCGAUACCCAGGCUUUCUAGCCCUUCGCGGCAACUAAAAUUAAAUUAAUGUUUGCAACAAGAAGCGAUACCCAGGCUUUCUAGCUCUUCGCGGCAUGCAAAGCUAUGUCACACUCAUUCAAGUUGUUCAUACGGGCCCAGUGUUUAGUACAUGGCGACCACAUGCAGCACAAAUUUAUCUUCAAGGUGUGACUACACAUCACAUGGCCGAAUCGUCUGUGCUGAAAAUAAAAGUGACAAUUUUU